AUGCCCGCCAUCCGCCCCUCCUCCAAGCGCAAGCCCCCCCCGGACGGGUUCGAUGACAUCGAGGAGGACCUGCUCAUCUUUGGCAACAAGAUGAAGGACGCGCAAAACACGCCGACGGACAACAUCCCCAAGCACCAGGCGCAGUGGCCCAUCUUCCAGAUCUCGCACCAGCGCAGCCGUUACGUGUACGAGCUCUACUACGAAAAAGAGGCCAUCAGCCGCGCGCUGUACGACUGGCUGCUCAAGAACGGCUACGCCGACGCCAUGCUCAUCGCCAAGUGGAAGAAGCAAGGGUACGAGAAGCUCUGCUGCCUGCGCUGCGUCCAGACCAAGGAGACCAACUUCAACUCGACCUGCGUGUGCCGCGUGCCGAGGGCCCAGCUCAAGGAGGACCAGGACGUGCAGUGCGUGAGUUGUGGGUGUAGGGGGUGCGCUUCGACUGAUUGA